UAUGAAUGCAUGUUAAAUCCUUUUGUAUUUUUAAGUGAUUUUUUCCUUUCAUUAGGCCUAUAACUCGUUUGACGGCAUUUCUAAAAAAUACCCAUAAUUGCUUGCUUAAACAAAAUCUAGCAAAAACCUUAUUAAACUAAUCUAAAUAACGGUAUCUCUAAAACAGUAUAUUUCAACACAAUUAUUUACUUUCAAGCCAUACUAAUUUAGAAAAUACAAAGUUUUAUGGUAGACUCAGAUGAACUAUUAAUUUUGUUAAUUAAACAAGAUCCUUCUGAAGUAAAACAAGGAAUGUAAAUUAAGUGUUUAUAAAAGACCAUCAUGAAACAUUUCUUUAACUAAUAUUAUUAUAUGUUAACGG